AUGACAACCAUGUCCUCCGCUUUCGCGGUAUCCGCCAACGUCAUCAAAUCCGUGGAUUCGCCUGUGGUCGUCGCGCUCUCCGUUGCCGUGCCAUUGGAAGGAGUGGUCGUGGAGGUAUCCUUCGAGAUAAUCAGCGAGGUGCUCGUCGGAGGAGCGGGUGCCAGAGUCGAUAAUGUGAGGGUCGUGGCUGCCAGAGUCGAUAAUGUGAGGGUCGUGCUGCGCAGGGACGUCGUAGAGGUCUCGGUGGUGGGAAUGGUCCCGAACACGAUGCCUAAGGCCAUGCGUUCCCCUUGCCCGACACUUCUCCGUAACAGCACAUGA